AUGCCUGGAGCAAGUGAGGCGGAAACUAUUCGUAUUCUUAUCUCCACCGAUAAUCAUGUGGGCUACAACGAGCGAGAUCCCAUCCGUGGGGACGACAGCUGGAAGACCUUCCACGAAAUAAUGUGCCUAGCCAAGGAACGGGAUGUCGAUAUGGUUCUUCUGGCUGGAGAUUUGUUCCACGAGAAUAAGCCGUCACGGAAAUCCAUGUACCAGGUUAUGCGGUCGAUUCGCAUGAACUGUUUCGGGGACAAGCCGUGUGAGCUGGAGAUGCUCAGCGAUGCAAGUGAGAACUUCCAGGGGGCGUUCAAUCACGUUAAUUAUGAGGACCUGGAUAUGAACGUGGCGAUCCCUAUCUUCUCCAUCCAUGGAAAUCACGACGAUCCCUCGGGAGAGGGUCAUCUGGCCGCGUUAGAUCUAUUGCAAGUAUCAGGCCUUCUCAACUACUAUGGCCGAACUCCGGAGUCAGACAACAUUCAAAUCAAGCCUGUCUUGCUACAGAAAGGUCGGACAAAACUUGCGCUGUAUGGAAUGAGCAAUGUGCGAGACGAGCGACUCUUCCGCACCUUUCGUGAUGGCAAGGUUAAAUUCUUCCAACCAUCUGUCCAGAAAAGUGACUGGUUCAAUUUGAUGUCUGUACAUCAGAACCACCAUGCCCAUACAGAAACCAGUUACUUACCGGAAAACUUUCUUCCCGAAUUUCUCGAUUUGGUUGUCUGGGGCCACGAACAUGAAUGCCUGAUCAAUCCUAAGCUCAACCCAGAGACCAAAUUUCAUGUUAUGCAACCAGGAUCAUCUGUCGCAACGUCCUUGGUACCUGGGGAGGCUGUUCCAAAGCAGGUCUCAAUCUUAAGUGUAACAGGCCAAGAAUUCAAAAAUGAGCCUAUCCGAUUGAAGACGGUGCGACCAUUUGUGAUGCGGGAGAUUGUAUUAUCCGAAGAAAAGGGAGCCCAGAAGCUUGCACGCAAAGAGAAUAACCGUACAGAAGUAACUCGGUUCCUCAUGUCCAUUGUCGAAGAACUUAUUGAAGAAGCCAAUGCAGAAUGGCUAGAGAUGCAAGGCGACCGCAUUGAUGAGGAUGACGAUGACGCAGCGGAAGCUCCGCUUCCUCUCGUCCGUCUCCGUGUGGAAACUUCCACGCCUGAAGGAGGUAGCUACGAUUGUGAAAACCCGCAGCGAUUCUCCAACCGCUUCAUUGGUAAGGUCGCUAACGUGAACGAUGUGGUACAAUUCUACCGGAAGAAAAAAACCGCUUCUACUUCGCGCAAGGAUGAUAAAUCCGUUGAUGAAGCUACCGUUUCUCAUUUAUCAGCCCUUGACACUGUGAAAGUUGAGCAGCUAGUGCGCGAGUUCCUCUCAUCGCAGUCAUUAAGCAUUCUGCCACAGAAUUCAUUCGGAGACGCUGUUGCCCAAUUCAUUGACAAGGAUGACAAGCAUGCAAUGGAGAUGUUCGUUAAUGAAUCCCUUGAGAGCCAGGUCAAACACUUGUUGGCCCUAGAUCGGGACGAUGACGAGAUGGAUGACGAGGAGAGAGAACAAAGCUCGCUAGUCACUGCCAUGGAGAAAUAUCGCAGUCAGAUGGAGAAUAUGUUUUCAAAGGGCAUAAAGAAGCGAACUCGCGGAAAGAAGCGCUUCAAGCCCAAGCCAGAUGGUUGGGAUUCCGAGUUUGAUGGCGUGUGGGAAGACCAGCCUGGUGCACUCAUUCAUUCCGAUAAUGAAGGUGGGGAUCCAGUGGAGGAAGAAGCUGCAGAAGAUGGGACAGAGCCCACUCGUGGUCGUGCCGCAGCGCCUACUCGAGGUCGUGGCAGGGGUCGUGGCCGCGGUGCAGCAGCUAGUGUGCGGACCACCAAGGCCAAAGCUACCCCAGAAACGAAGACGAAGAGUCGCAAAAAACAAGCGGUUUCAGAUGAUGAAUCAGACGUGAUUAUGUUGGAUGAUGAUGACGACGAUGUUAUAGCCAAUGUCAUUUCCGACGAUGAGGACGAUGACUCGCAGGCACUGUUCGUCAAGCAACCUCGCUCCACUACCGCGAAACCACGAAAAGUUGCCACAACGACGACCCAGCGCCGCGGUGCACGUGCUACUGCCUCCCCAGCUCCAUCAUCGGUUACUACGGGUGCAACUGCUUCUCGGCGAGCCCCUGCACGUGGUAAGCCAGCUCAGUCUACGCUCAACUUCUCGGCUUCACAGGCCAGCGCGCCUCAGUCAUCACGACCGAGCCGCUCCACCCGUAACAUGAGUGUUAUCAGCGAUGGUAUUGAUGAUGAUGACGAUGAUGAUGAUGCCUUUGAAGAAAUGCCGACCACCUCGAGGCGUCGUGCCUCGGGCUCUGCCUCAGACCGGCGUCAUGCUAUAGCUGAUUUUGCGCGUCACCACCCGACCGAUCCUAUUGAUGUCAUUAUUGCUGAUUUCAUGAGCGAGUUCAACAUGGCCACCGCCGCGGGUCGGCGUGUGGACCAGGAAAUCUCCCAGGAAGUAAAAGCCCCGGCCUACGAUCUCUCCUUCCUAGAAGCACUUCAGCCGGCACUGGAUGAUUUGGCCAAGUAUAGAAUUAAGCUUGCAGUCAAUGCUGGAGUGACUGACACAAAGGGUCUAUACGAGGUGGUGACGCGCAUGGUUGAGGCAAAGAACUUGGACUUGAAGAUUGCAUGGGUUUCCGGAGAUGAAGUCCUAUCUACCGUGCAGAAGGGAUUGACUUCCGGGUCUGAAUUUCGCAAUGUCUACACAGGUGAGCGAUUGGCAGAUUGGUCAUUCGAGCCCAUCUAUGCCCAGUGCUAUCUGGGUGGCCUCGGUAUCGCGGCCGCACUUGCAGAUGGUGCCGACAUUGUAUUGUGUGGGCGGGUCUCAGAUGCUUCACCUGUCAUUGGAGCUGCUUACUGGUACCAUGGAUGGCAGCGAGAUGAGCUGGACAAGCUAGCGAAUGCAUUUGUGGCGGGCCAUCUGAUCGAGUGCAGCAAUUAUAUCUGCGGUGGCAACUUCACAGGCUUCAAAGCCCUAGAGCAUGCAGACGGAGAUGGCUGGACCAAUAUCGGAUAUCCCAUCGCCGAAAUAUCUGCCGAGGGGGACGUUGUGAUCACCAAGCAGGCGCAUGCCACCGGUGGAGCAGUAACUGUCGAUACUUGCACAUCCCAGCUGCUUUAUGAAAUACAAGGACCUUGGUACUACAACUCUGAUGUCACGGCGGUCCUCGAUGGCAUAUACUUCUCGCAGCGCGGUGUCAAUCGUGUCGCUGUCCAUGGGGUUCGAUCCAGUCCUCCUCCGCCCACCACCAAGGUCGGUAUCACUGCGCGAGGUGGGUUUCAGGCAGAGGCAUGGUGGUUUUUGACUGGUCUGGACAUUGAAGCCAAGGCUCGCAUGUUGGAGGUACAGAUCCGCCAAUUGUUGUCACCGUAUUCGGAUAAAUUUACAUCGCUCAAUUUUGAUUUACUGGGCUCUUCUCUCUCCGACCCGCACGACCAGAAUCGCGCUACCGUUCCGCUGCGCAUCGUUGUACAGGCACAGCAUGCAGAGGACCUUGCCCCAGCACGGUUCCUCAAACCUAUCACUGAUAACAUCAUGCAGGGGUACCCUGGCGCUACUUUUCACUUGGAUAUGCGCCAGGGAUUCCCGCGUGCCAUUUUUGAGUACUAUGUCAGCUUGCUACCACAAUCCGCAAUCCAGCAUCGCGUCCACAUGCCCUGGAAGCCGACAGUAUCGACGCAGACUCUCGACAUCUCACCCCCAGUAAACACCAGGACAUAUCCAUCACGCCAGCCCUCGCAGCCGAUCACCAACGCUGUCGGUCCUGUUGACCUUGCCCGCGACUUUGGGCCGACCACUCGUGGCCCGCUAGGCUGGAUCGUUCAUGCACGCUCUGGGGACAAGGGUGCUGACGCCAACUGCGGUUUCUGGGUUCGUCACCGUGACGAGUAUCAAUGGCUCCGGGCAUUGCUGUCCGCUGACAAGGCGCAAGAGCUGUUGGGGAAGACUGCCUGCCAAAACACACAAUUGGCAAUUGAGCGCUUCGAGUUACCCAGCCUUCAUGCUGUGCAUUUCCUCUUUCGCAAUCUUCUAGAUCGGGGUGUCGGUGUGACCACCACUGUCGAUUUCUUAGGAAAGAACGUGGCAGAAUAUCUCCGGGCACGGCAUGUUGAUCUCCCUGUGCGAUUCUUGAACCGCGGAAAACUAUAG